AUGGACACAGAGGACCUGGCUCCAUUAAGAACCCAGUCUGCGAGGGUUAUGUUCCCAAGAACCUGGUGGCAAAGAUCCUCGCUCACGUAGAGCAUGGACACAGAGGACCUGGCUCGAUUAAGAACCCAGUCUGCGAGAGUUAUGUUCCCAAGAACCUGGUGGCAAAGAUCCUCGCUCACGUAGAGCAUGGACACAGAGGACCUGGCUCGAUUAAGAACCCAGUCUGCGAGGGUUAUGUUCCCAAGAACCUGGUGGCAAAGAUCCUCGCUCACGUAGAGCAUGGACACAGAGGACCUGGCUCGAUU